AUGCCAGAGCCAGCCAGUGACAAGCUGCACAUUGUCAUGCUUGGGGAUGGCACUGUUCUGAAACUGGCUGAUGCUGAUAUUCCAAACCCCCCUGCCAUCAGCUUCGUAAACAACAUCUCACAGCUCAACAGCAUGUGGGAUGACCACAUGGUCCACUGGCGGGGGGAGUCUGUCAUGAAUAUUCAAGGCCACCCAAUUGCACUUGAGUACUGGCCCUUGCUAUACUGCUAUAGCCGUGAUCAUCAGUGGAAGGACACAAAGAGUAAGUGGACAGACUGGUGGGUAAGUGCUUAUGUUGUUGAAUGCUAUCGGGAAGGCACCAAAGCGCAAUUCUGGGAGGAGUUCAGUGCUGAUGGUAAAUGCAUGACUUAUACUGUGAUCGUCCAGAAACUAUGUGCCAAGCGCAAGAUGGCCCUUGCUGCAGCUGUUGAGCAUGCUUGCAAGGAAUAUGGUGACAAGUUCAAUGAUCUUUUCACAUAUUGGAAGGGCGGAGAAGAGCAUGUGAUGGUAAAACCAUCGGCGGUUGCUAAGUGA